CCUGCGGGCGGGCAAAUGGCGCCGGGCUCGCCGUUGAAGCGCCUGGCGCGGCGGGCGGCGAAGGGCCCGCUCGAGAGGGCCGGCCUGGCGGGGCUCGCGGCUGCGGCGGCCGUGUCAGCCGCCGCGCUGCUGCUGCUCUGCUCCGCCUCGCUCCGCUGCUCGGCGGCCGCGCCGGCGGCCGCGCCCCGGAAGCUCUGGGCCGGCGGGGUCUCCGUCGCGGUGGCGGGGAGCGAGGAGGAGGAGGAGGACUGCGACCAGUUCGACGGCAACUGGGUGCGGGCCGGCGGCGGCUACCCGCUCUACGACUCCAGGGCCUGCCCCUUCCUCGACGUCGGCUUCCGCUGCUCCGAGAACGGCCGCCCCGACGCGGCCUACGCCACGUGGCGGUGGCAGCCGGCGCGCUGCCACCUCCCCAGAUUUGAUGCCAAAAGCAUGCUCGAGAAGCUACGGAACAGAAGAGUAGUAUUUGUUGGUGAUUCAAUUGGAAGGAACCAAUGGGAGUCUCUACUUUGCAUGCUCUCUACUGCUGUUCAUAACAAGAGCUCGAUCUAUGAAGUUAAUGGGAGUCCCAUCACAAAACACAUGGGUUUCUUAAUUUUCAACUUUAGAGACUACAAUUGCACUGUGGAAUACUACAGAUCCCCUUUUAUAGUCCUUCAAGGUCGUGCGCCAGCUGGAGCCCCUGAUAUUGUCAAGUACACAAUUCGAGUGGAUGCCAUGGAUUGGAUGUCUGACCGGGGUAAAUGGAACGAUGCUGACGUAUUGAUUUUCAACACUGGCCAUUGGUGGAACGAUGAUAAAACAAUCAGGGGGGGUGCCUACUUCCGAGAAGGUGAUGAGGUGAAAAUGGACAUGACUGUUACAGAUGCUUACCGAAGAUCAAUACAGACAUUGUCCGAUUGGCUUCACAGAGAAGUUAACACAAGCAAGACCCAUGUCAUCUACCGUACAUAUGCUCCUGUGCAUUUCAGAGGUGGUGACUGGAAGACUGGAGGGAGCUGCCACUCAGAAACUCUUCCAGAUUUGACUCCACCUGAAUCGCUGGAAGAAUGGGCUGACCUGCUUAAACCUGUGAAUGAUGUUCUAGGGAACAAUCUGAAUCCCAAGCUUUCUGGUGUAGAUAUCCUGAAUGUGACACGGAUGACAGCUCAGCGGAAAGAUGGUCAUCUCUCAGUAUACCUAAGCCCUUCAGGACCUGUGCCCCGCUACAAACAGGAUUGCAGCCACUGGUGCCUGCCAGGUGUCCCAGACACCUGGAAUGAGCUUCUCUACGCCCUCAUCAUGAAGAGGCAUAUGAAAAUGGAUCAGAAUGUUUCCCUUGAUGGCACUAUAACGCUGAACAAUGGCUGAUAAUGACGAUCCACUGAGUGCUCUCUGAAGUGUGAAGGGAGGUGGCAAGGUAAAUCCAGCAGCUGCUCAUGCCAGACAUUUUUGGAUAGUGGGUGUCAGUUUGCAGGAAGCUGCAGCACCCUGCCGUUUUUUUGUUUGUUUUUUUUUGAACAUAUCGAGAUUAGUGUUCAGCUCUGAAGGAAAGCGGUGUGUUUCAUGCAGAUGAUAUUAGUGUUAGCGGUGGUGAACAUAGCUAGCUAGGGCGCUAAAGUGAAUGAUGUAAAUAUAUACAACGGCGUGGUUGGAAUGGGCAAUGUGGUUUUAAUUGAAGUGUCA